AUGGAUCAGUACGAGGAAGCUUUCCGAAGUUUCAAAACUUUUCUCACGACUCCGCCAAUCCUGCAAAGAUCGGAUCACAAAACCGACCUCCUCCUCUACUUGGUAGUGGCAGAAAGCACAAUCAGUGCGGUCAUAGUGCAGGAGCACCAAAAAACACAAACGCCGGUCUACUUCAUCAGCCGAGUCCUCCAAGACACAGAGAAGAGGUACCAAACCAUUGAGAAGCUUGUACUGGCCCUUGUCACGACAGCCAGGCGCCUCCGACCUUACUUCCAAAGUCACCAAGUAAUCGUCAAGACUGACUACCAAAUCAAGCAGAUCUUGAGGAAGUCGGAGCUCGCCGGGCGGAUAAUAGCUUGGUCGGUAGAACUAUCCGAGUUUGGCAUCCAGUACGAAAGUCGCGGAGCCCUGAAAGCCCAAUGCUUGGCCAACUUCGUAGCCGAACUCACUCCUACCUCAGUCGAAGAACCACAGGUAACCAACAACCAAGCAGAAUACGAGGCGCUUCUUGCAGGGCUAAGGUUGACUCAUGACCUCGGAGCUUGGAGAGUAAGGUGCAACAGCGACUCGAAACUUAUGGUCGAGCAGCUCAGUGGAACAUACCAGGCCAAUGACGUUCUUCUACAGCGCCAUUUCCACAUGGCAUCACAACAGAUCUCGUCCUUUGACGAGUUCACUAUACAGCAUGUACCGCGAGAACAGAACACCAGAGCUGACCUCCUAUCAAAACUCGCGAGCACUAAGAGCCCUGGACAACAUCGGACCAUCAUCCAGGAGAGUUUGCACUCACCCAACCUGGAUGACAAGGUCAUCACCGCUAGCGACAGUGAAGACCAGGGAUGGAUGACAGGCAUUUGGAGCUACUUGAAGGUAGGAGUUUUGCCCGAGGGCAGGGAUGAAGCCAGGAAGAUGAGGUUGAGGUCGGCCAAGUUCGUCAUCAUUGGCGACGAACUAUUCAAGCAUGGCAUCUCCACCCCACUGCUCAAGUGCUUAACUGCACCCCAGGCAGCCUAUGACUACGUACAAAAAUGCAAAGAAUGUCAGCAGUUCAGCAACUCACAUCAGCAGCCACCCAAAACUCUCUACCAAAUGAUGUCGUCGUGGCCUUUCGCCCAGUGGGGAAUGGACAUCCUAGGACCAUUCCCCCCAGCGAAGGGUCAGCACAAGUUCCUCCUGGUGGCAAUCGACUACUUCACCAAGUGGAUCGAGGCAUGUCCACUAGCUAGGAUCACCACUGAGAACAUACGGAAAUUCACCUGGAAGAGUAUCGUAUGCAGAUUCGGGAUACCUCAUUCCCUUGUUACUGAUAACGGCUGA